UUUCAGAAUUAAAAUGCAAUGUAUAAUGUUAUAUUUUUGGUAUUGAUAUUGUUUUUUUCACUAGCAACAGAAGGAUCGAAUUUGAUCAAUAGCUUAUAUUUACCAGAAGAGCAUAUUCAAUAUUGGGUAAACCGAGAUAAUACUGUGCGCAAUUUGUGCUUCAAAAAUGAACGUUGCCGUUUAAAGUUUGCGAUAAACAACAAACAUUGUUGGGGUUAUGAGCCAAAUUGUGAUCCAGAAAACAGUUAUUCUGUGCGAAAAGCAAAAUGCACAAAGCCAAGCAGUUGGAGUAGGAGCAGUACCGAAUCGCAACUAGAGAUUUUUCAAAAACAAGGUGAUUUUCUGAAAUUAGCGCAAGUAUUUAACACUAUCGAACCGAUCUGCAUUUCAAAUCAUACUGAAGGUAGUUUUCUGGAAUGUUCUAAUCAUUUGAGAUUCUGUCGAGCAAGGAAUAUUUUCUUUGAUUUCAAAAAUUUGAAUUCGAAAACUUCAAAGAGAUACCGAAAUGAUGUGAUCCAGAAAGGACAAGUUGGUGGAAACUGUAACGCAGUAUUUAAUGAAAAAUUGCUACAUAGCAGGGCAGAUGAAAAAAGCUAUUUGCAAAGUUGGGCUCAUGAAUUAGAAUAUUUUGCGUCGUAUCCUGAUUUUCGGAUUUCGAAACUUCGAUGUGAUGUAAUUUUCGACAAGCCAACAGUACUGAUCAAAUUGGACGCAUCAGUAAAUAUGUAUCAUCAUUUUUGUGAUUUUCUCAAUCUGUAUGCAAGCCAACAUAUUAAUGGUUCGAUUGAUAUGAAUAUCGAUAUCCUGUGGUGGGAUACGUGGUCUAACGGUUUCGUCGACCUCACAUUUGGAGCUACUUGGCGUGCUUUCACGGUGAACACACCUUAUGAAUUGAUUGAUCUAGAUGGGAAAAUGGUCUGUUUCCGGAAUGCCAUGUUUUCGAUGCUUGCCCGACAGCGGUUCGAGUAUCUUUUUGGCUCAAAAUUCCAUGAGAAGAAUCGGACUGAGUGA